AUGCCCCAUCCAACGACUAAUCAAGUCACCGUGGACGAUUCCAGAGUUCAUGGAGACUGGCGAGACGAAUUGUUCCAAAAUGGGUACGUUGUGGUGAAAAACGCUAUCUCACCUGAUCGAUGUGAAUACUACAUCGACAAGAUGUUUGAGUGGUUGGAAAGUUUCCCUUUCGGGUUUGACAGGAACGAUCGCUCAACUUGGACCGAACAGCAUUUACCCACGCAUAUCAAGGGCGGAAUGUAUCAUGGAUACCGUAUCCAGCAUGAGAAGUUUAUAUGGGAGGCUCGAACAGAGGACGGAGUAAUCGAAGCCUUCGCAAAGCUAUGGGGAACAGACAAGCUUCUGGUCUCUUUCGAUGGAGUGAACUUCACUCUUCCAUCUGGUACUACUCUGCCACAAACUAAACCUUGGCCACACAUUGAUCAAAGCCCACUGCGACAGGGUAUGCAGUGUGUCCAGGGUGUUCUCAACUUCGCACCAAAUGGUCCUCAAGAUGGGGGUCUUCUCGUCGUGAAGGGAUCUACAAAGCUUAUGCCGGAGUUUUUCAAGACUCACUCGGGUGAAAUUGGCAGAGAAACAUGGGGACCUAGCGAUUGGUUUGGCUUUGACGAGAGUGAGGUGAAGUGGUUCGAGGAAAGAGGCUGCGAGAUUCUUAAGGUGAAUGCUGAAGCCGGAGAUCUUAUUCUUUGGGACUCUCGCACUAUGCACUUCAAUUGCGUCCCAUCAUCUCAGAAUCUACGUGCCGUUGUUUAUGCGUGCUAUACACCAGCAUCCUUUGCAACGCCUGAUGUCUUGCAGAAAAAGAGUGAAUUCUUCGACCAGCGAAUUGGAACGACACAUUGGCCCCAUGACAAUCUAUUCACUGAAACUAGCCACGCAAACCGCCCAGAAGAGGACGAAGGGGACUUGACCAAGCGUCUUUAUGAGGAACCUGUUGAGACGGACUUGGUGUUAAAGCUGGCAGGGAAAAAGCCUUACUAG